AUGCCAGGACCUACCAGUGGGCCAAGCCAGUCCGGCAAGAGGAAAAGAACCUCUUCGGAAAGGGGUCCAUCGAAACGAGCGCGAUCCGAGAGUUCUGAGAGCAGUGGUGAGGAAGACAGCCAGGCGCAAAUUAUACUGCUCGCCGAUGAAAUUCUCAAGUCGAAGAAAAACUACAACAACGUAACAAAAUUGAUCCAGAUACUGGGUGCCGAUGGCGAUGAGGCAGAUGAUUCGGUUGUUGCAGCGAUUUCGCUAUGUCGAGUUUUCACAUCAUUGAUGGUUUCUGGAGAUAUGGUUAGGAAACAAGCAACAAAUGAGAAGGAUGCCGUGGUGAUGAAAUGGUUGAAGGAAAGGUAUUCCGAGUACAAGGCUGGCCUACUGUUGCUGCUCGGCGAGGAAGGAGUCUCUUCAACAGUAUUGGAUCUCUGCAUGCGGCUGCUCAAGACUGAAGGGCAGCACCUCAGAGGUCUGGAAUAUAGCUUCCCAACAACAUUUCUUACGGACAUGGUAAGGGUUUUCCUUGACCCUGAAAGCGAUGGCAAUGUCAGAGAGGAGUUCAGUGAGGCGUAUGUUGAAGAAUACGACGACGUUCGGUUCUAUACACUGGAGGCACUUGAGAAGCUUCUAGUUGAAGCCGAGACGCAAGCCAUUUUCAACAAUGCCCUUCAGAUACUUACAGCCAUUGAAUCCGUCCCAGAAUCAAAAGACGAACUAGAAGAUUUCUGGGUCCCAGCGCCAACGAAAACAACCCAUGCCUUGUACUCACUCACACAGCACAAGAAGCGGGCGCAGAAUGCUUGGUUAGCUUUGAUGAACUUGGAGAUGGACAAGGAGCAGAGGAAAUCUGUAUUGGGCCUCAUGGUUAAAUCAAUUGCGCCUUGGUUCAUGAAGCCAGAACUUUUGAUGGAUUUCCUGACAGAUUCUUACAAUGCUGGGGGAUCAACCUCGCUCCUUGCAUUGUCGGGAGUAUUCUACCUGCUUCAAGAAAAGAACCUCGAUUACCCCUCGUUUUAUCGAAAGCUAUAUUCUCUCUUAGACUCCGAGAUUCUUCAUUCAAAACAUCGAUCAAGGUUCUUCCGGCUUCUCGAGACAUUCUUAGGGUCUACACAUCUUCCGGCAGUCCUUGUCGCCAGCUUCAUCAAGAGACUUUCACGUUUGACGCUCAACGCACCGCCAGCUGCCGUAGUAACGGUUGUUCCAUGGAUCUACAAUAUUUUAAAGAAGCAUCCCAUGUGCACCUUCAUGAUACACCGGGAGACGAGAGGUGCCAAGGCAAAGGAGCUCUUAGAAAAGGAAGGCAUGGAUGAUCCAUUUUUGAUGGAUGAAGAAGAUCCAAUGGAGACGAAAGCUAUUGAAAGUAGCUUGUGGGAGAUUGUGACUCUUCAGUCGCACUACCACCCCAAUGUUGCUACUUUGGCAAAGAUCAUAUCCGAGCAGUUCACCAAGCAGUCUUACAACAUGGAGGACUUCUUGGACCAUUCGUAUGGCAGUAUGCUGGAGGCAGAAUAUGUCAAGGAUGUCAAAAAGAUGCCUGUUAUUGAGUUUGAGAUACCCAAGAAGAUUUUCAUGAAACAGGACGCUUCAUCUGAAGUGCACGACCGCCUUUUAGUAAGCUUGUGGGACUUCAGCUAG